AUGACUGGGGCGGGAACAGAAGGACGGUCCGCUCUGAAGCUCCAGAGCCUCCUCCCUCCUCCCCGCGCUCCCCUCUCCCCGGCAGGAGUGACGGAGGCGCGGCAGAGCGAUGCGGACAGCGCAGGCAGGAUGUCUCUCACCUCCUUCUCCUCCUGCUCCUGGCAUGUCCCGUCCUUGCUGCUCCUGCAGCUCCUGCUCGCUCCGCCAUGUCUCCUCCACCCGCAGCCGUGCCACCUCCUGGCGCAGAUGGGACACACGGUGCGCGUCGGUGCGCUCCUGCCGGCGCAGCGGCCAGCUCGCCUUCAGGUGCAGGCGGCGCUGAGCCGCGCGGCAGCGGCACUGAGCCGAGACCCGGACCCGGACCCGGACCCGGACCCGGACCCCUACCCAUUCCCGGACCCGGACCCAGCGCGGGCCAACCCGCUGCCCUACAACCUGAGCCUGGAGCUGGUGUCCCGGCAGCUCUCCGGCGCAGACCCGGAGUCGCUGCUCCGGUGCGCGUGCCAGGGCGUGGUGGUGCGCGGAGUGUCCGCCGUGCUGGCCUUCCCGCAGAGCCGCGAGGAACUGCUACAGGUGGACCUCAUGGCCUCAUUCCUGAAGAUCCCGUUCCUCAGCGUCAUCGAGCACGCGGAGCCUCUGCGCACGCAGGUAGGUGUGCCAGAAAAACCUGUCCUUUCCAAAUUCUUUGCGGGUCUUUCCAAAUUCAGCUGGGGCGAUCCACCGGUGUCCGUCCAGCACAGGUUCAGGUUUCUGGUACCUGGCAGGUUUAAUUUCACCUGUGAGACACAAAGAUCAGUUGGGAAUGAGCUGGCACAACCAGAACUGGCCUGUGAGAUGUCCUCGGGCUCUCCAGGGAAAACAAGCGGAGCAGAGCGGCCGGAAACGGGUCGGUUCGGUUUCUCCCUCCGACACAGGAACCCGACGUCUGAUCUGUCUGUGUCCUGGAGCGGAGAGGCUGACAGCUGGAACCGGUUCCACCUGCAGAUGGUGACUGGGGUUCCAGAGUCCGCCCUCUCUGAUCUGCUGUUGACGGUUCUGCAACGGUCCGGUUGGAGGGAGGGCACGGCGAUCCUGUGUCGAGGCUGGGAGGAGGCCGGCGGGCUGCUGCGGCUGCUGGACAGCCCGACCCCGGACUCCUCACACGCCAGGGGCGGGGUCACUUGGCGCCUGCGGGCUCUCCUGAACCUGACCCAGUUAGCCCACGAUGACACACAGAUCCACGAGUUCCUGUCCCAACACUUCAGACAGAACCAGCCUCCGCCGGCCUCGGUGCUGCUUUUCGGGGCGGACCCGCAGUGCGCCGCCGCGGUGCUGCGCAGCGCCCAGGACCUGGGCCUGACGUUACCCAUGGUGCAUUGGGUUCUGGGCCAGCCGCUCAGCCCUGAUGUGUUGCACACAAUCGGGCUGCCGCUCGGGCUGUUGGCCUAUGGAGAGGUGGACCGAAAACCGCUCGACUUUUACAUCAGCGACGCCCUGCAGCUCCUAACCAGGGCCGUCGCCACGGCAAUUAUGGCCAGGCCAGACCUGGGCCUGAUCCAGAACAUGGUGAACUGCUACGACAGACCCAACAGACAUGAGGCCCUAUCAUCAGGACAGCACCUGUCCAGGUUUCUGUCCAGCACAUCGUUCUCAGGACUCACAGGUCCAGUUCGAGUCCACCAGAACUGGUCUCAGAUCCUGACCUCCCAGCGGUUCCACAUCUGGAGCCUGCAGCGGGAUGUCCUGGGCCAGCCCACCUGGGUGACCGUUGGCAGCUGGGAGGGGGGGCAGCUGCAGGUGGAGGACCAGGGGGUGUGGCAGGGGCCCAAACAGCCACAGAAAACAGAUGGGAUGAGCGGGUGGACCAGGGGCCGCUGGAGGGCGGGGAUGCCGGUGGUAGGGACUCGGGUCCGGGUGGUGACUCUUGUGGAGCAUCCCUUUGUGUUCACGCGGGACGCAGACGAUGAGGGCAUCUGCCCGGCCGGUCAGUUCUGCCUGGACGCCAGCACCAACAGCUCGGAGACUCUGGAGAGGUACUUCAGGGAGGUGGCGGGGGGGAACGCCAGCUCCCUGCCGCUGGCCUACAGUAAGUGCUGCUACGGGUACUGCAUCGACCUUCUGGAGAAGCUGGCCGAGGAUCUGGGCUUCGAGUUCGACCUCUACAUCGUUGGGGACGGGAAGUACGGGGCGUGGAAAGGGGGGCGCUGGACCGGGCUGGUGGGAGACCUCCUGAACGGUCUGGCGGACAUGGCGGUCACCUCCUUCAGCAUCAACUCCGCACGCAGCCGCGUGAUCGACUUCACCUCGCCUUUCUUCUCCACCAGCCUGGGCAUCCUGGUGCGCAGCAAGGACACGGCCGCCCCCAUCGGGGCCUUCAUGUGGCCCCUGCACUGGUCCAUGUGGGUGGGCAUCUUCCUCGCCCUGCACAUCACGGCGCUCUUUCUGACGCUGUACGAGUGGAAGAGUCCGUUCGGGAUGACGCCGCAUGGGCGGAACAGGAUCCGGGUCUUCUCCUACUCUUCGGCUCUCAAUCUGUGCUACGCGAUCCUGUUCGGUCGCACCGUCUCCUCAAAGACCCCCAAGUGCUGGACCGGCCGCUUCCUGAUGAACCUUUGGGCCAUCUUCUGCCUGCUGGUGCUGUCCAGCUACACCGCCAACCUCGCUGCCGUCAUGGUGGGAGAGAAGACCUUUGAGGAGGUGUCAGGGAUCCAUGAUGCCAAGCUGCACCAUCCAUCACAGGGCUUCCGCUUUGGGACAGUGAGAGAGAGCAGCGCCGAGGAUUACAUGAAGAAGAGCUUUCCAGAGACACACGAGUACAUGCGACGCUUCAACGAGCCAACAACGCCCGAAGGAGUCGCCACCCUAAAGACAGAUCCUCCUCAGCUCGACGCCUUCAUCAUGGACAAAGCCCUCCUGGAUUACGAGGUCUCCAUUGACGCCGACUGCAAGCUGGCGACCGUCGGGAAGCCGUUCGCCAUUGAAGGUUACGGCAUCGGCCUCCCGCAGAACUCCCCGCUCAGCUCCAACAUCUCAGAGUUCAUCAGCAGAUACAAGUCUGAGGGAUACAUGGACCUCCUGCACGACAAGUGGUACAAAGUGGUUCCCUGUGGGAACCGAGUGUUCGCCGUCACUGAGGUCAGUCCGACCCUUCAGAUGGGGAUCAGCCACUUCUCUGGACUCUUUGUGUUGCUGUGUGUCGGAGUGGGCGGGGCCCUGCUGACCCUUGCAGGUGAACAUGGUUUUUACCGGUUGGUUCUUCCUCACAUCCGCCGCCAGCAGAACCUGAAGUACUGGCUGCACACCUCACAGAAAAUCCAUCGAGCUCUGAACAUGACGUAUGAGGAUGUGAGGAGGCAGCGAAUUGAGAAAGAGAAGAGCUGUAACCUUCAGAAGGCCCAGGCCCCCCCGGGACCACCGCCUGCUGCGUCAGCUCGGUGGAACAAUGCAAACCAUAACGAUGCUGCGGGUUCUGCGGAUUCCCGGGACUUCAAGCGGGUCCACUUCGACCUGGAGACCCUGAACACCCGCCGCCUGCUGUCCCGCCUCACCGCCUUAGACGCCAAAGGGGGAGGGGCCAAGGGUGACGGGCCAGCCAAGCCGAAGGUGGGGUGUGAGAACGGAGGCCCAGCCCCGUUCAGGGGUCUGGCGUUCUACAGGCCCUCCUCCUGCGCCCCGCCCCCUCCCACCACCACAGCCCCUACCUCUGUGACCCCUCCCCCCACAGCCGUAGCCCCUCCCACCACCGCGGCCCCGGCCUCCGCGGCACCGGUCCGGCCUGGCGAGCUGCAGGAGCUGCAGGAGCAGAUCGAGCUGAUGAGGGAGAAGCUGCGGGAGGCGCUGGCUCGGCGGGCGGAGAUCCAGACCACCCUGUCCAAACCCGUUGUCACGGAGACAAACUGUGCAGCCCCCACAGUGACAGCACCCCCGCCAACAUCCUCGGCCUCCGCCCAACCAGCAGCAACUCUGCCCCCCAACAUGAAGUGCGUCACCACCAUGACACACCCCCCCCACAAAGUGCUGUCCAAAGUGCGGCCUAUGCACGGCAGACUGGCCAAUCAGAGGAGGUGA